AUGACAUAUGACCUUGCGAACACCAAUGAAAAACUCAAUGUUCAAGUCAUUGAUGGUGGCACACCUCCUUUGACCGCUGCAUCUGAUGUUGUAGUAGCCCUAAAAGUGAUAGCUGUCAACGAUCUAGAUCCAGAAUUCUGGUCUACACCGUAUACUACUACUCUUCCAGAAAACAGACCUUUCGGAAGCUUUGUUUAUACUCCAACUCCACUUGAUUUAGAUGUAAUUGAUGAUGCUUGGACUCUACAAGCAUUCACAUGUAGCAAAGUCAACUCUGACUUAAUCACAGUCAACCCAGCAACAUGUGAGGUGACACUUGCUGGUAAUUUAGACUACGAGGUGGCUACAUCCCAUACCAUUACCUUACAGAUAGCAGAUAAAGGUUUUACACCUGUUAAGACAGCACAGACCAAUCUUGUAAUCACUGUUACUGAUGAAAAUGACAACAGUCCGAUAUGCUCUGCAUCUACAUAUGCCGCUCAAAUUGCAGAAAGUGCAAGUAUUGGCGACAUCAUGAUAACUUUGACCUGCACAGAUCUGGAUUCUAAUGCUAAUGGUCAAGUAUCGUAUUCUAUUACAUCAGGAAAUGAUGAUGGGUACUUUAGUGUUACUACAGUUGGUGCUAAUGGGCAGAUUAAGUUGGCUAAAACAUUUGAUUAUGAUAACUUUCUUGCUAAGACUACGUAUCAGAUAAAAGUACGCGCUAGUGAUGGUGGGACACCAGUGUUAUCGUCUGAUUUGGAUUUAACUAUUAAUUCAAUUGGUAUAAAUGACAACAACCCAGAAUUCCUAGAUACAGGAAUAUUUACCACAACUCUUCCUGAAAAUCAAAACACUAUUGUAGACGGAACCGGAUUUGUUUAUGAAACUACAAUAUUUGAUUUAGAUCUGAUUGACUCAGUGCUGGGAACAUUCCAGCCAGUGACUUGUUCAAUAGCAGCCAUAGCAGAAAACAGUGCAGUUGGAACACCAGUUCAGACUAUCACUGCUACUGAUGUUGAUCAAGCUGCUACUGCCGAUUCCACAAUUACAUACGGCAUUGAAACAGUGACUUCGUUGUUUGGUAUUGUGGCAGACACUGGAACAUCCAUAUUUACAAUAGCUGCAACAGAUGUAGAUAACGGAGAUGAUGGUCGAAUUGAGUACUCCCUGACGACACACAAUGAUAUGUUUAGUAUCGAACCAACCACAGGAAUCAUACGACUUUUGACAGGUCUAAAUAGCGAAGCAUUAAAUAUUUACACAGUAGAUGUCAACGUUUCUGACCUGUCUACCACUUCCCGAUUAUCUACUGCAACGUCUGUAACAAUUAAUGUCCUUGAUGUAAAUGAAUUCUCACCCAGUUGCAUCAACGUAGUAACUAUACGAUUAUCCCCACCUGUUGCUGUGUCUGAUGUUAUUUACAUAUUGAAUUGUACUGAUGAUGACACUGGUAUUAACGGUCAGAUUAACUACGGUUUCGUUACUGGUAAUACAAACUCCGACUUUAGUAUUGCAGCAAAUGGAGACGUGACAGUGGCCAAUGCUCUAAGUCAACUGACGUAUAAUUUAGAAAUUCAGGCGGCUGAUCAAGCAACUGUACCAAAAACGUCAUCAGUAUAUGUUAAUGUCAUUAUUGCAUCAUCUCCUACUUUUACUGCUCUACCUGACACAAAAAAUGUGAAUGAAGCGACAUCCGUCGGAACAGUUCUCUAUACUGUAACAGGAAAUUCUGCAACUGCUUCUAAAACAUUUUCAAUCACAAAUGGCAAUGGAGAUAAUAAAUUCACCAUCAAUUCUUAUACAGGAGCUAUAUAUCUUCUUAAUACACUAGACAGAGAAACCAUUCCUAAUUAUGUUCUCACAAUUCGUAUAUCGGAUGAUAUUAGUGUUACAUUUACAGAUGAUAUGCUAACAUUGAACAUCCUUGACAGUAAUGACAACUAUCCAAUAUUCUCAGCCGACUUUUUUAACAUCCCUAUUGUUGAAAGCGUAACCCCGACUACAGAAAUUAUUGAUUUGGUAGCAACAGAUGCUGAUACUGGAAUAAAUGGGGAUAUCGUAUAUGCUAUCACGAACGGAGAUCCUAGUAGUGUAUUUACUAUUAAUGCCGUCGGAAAAUUAGUCUUAAAUUCUGCUCUUGAUGUAGAAACUGUAUCAUCAUACAUACUUAUCGUAACAGCAACAGAUGGUGGAACCCCACCUCUUUCAGGUUCAACAACAUGUUUCGUAGCCAUUUCCGAUGUUGAUGAAUUUCCUACAGAGUUUCUUUCAACUGCUGCUGGCGGAAUUUAUUCUACAUCACUAGCAGAAGAUACGGCCAUAGGAGCUAAGGUUUUUAACAUAUCAGCACAAGACCUUGAUGCUACUGCAAGCAUCACAUAUUCAAUAACUGCUGGAAAUACUGAUCAAUCUUUUGUUAUGGAUCGAAAUACUGGUUUUAUAUAUCUGAGUAAGAUGUUAGACAGGGAAACAAAUGCAGCAUAUAGUUUAACCAUUCAAGCUGACAACGGGUUAGGGGAUACAUCAACAGCUACAUUUAAUAUUCAGGUAACUGAUGUCAAUGAUAAUCAACCUAAAUUCACACCAUCAACUGGAAGUUACAAUGUCGAUGAAAAUGAGGCUAUUGGGGCUCUUAUUGCAACAGUAAUUUGUACAGAUGCUGAUGAUGGACCUAAUUCUAACCUAACAUACACGUUAACAGCAGGAAAUACCGGAAAUGCGUUCCGGCUUGAUGGGACGGUAGUUGAAGUAAACAGCGCUCUGGAUUAUGAAACAACAAGUCGGUAUAUUCUUGUAAUAGAAGCCAAAGAUCAAGGGACACCAUCAAGGUCUGCAUCGAUGUCAAUUAUUAUUGAUGUGAACCCAAUAUAUCCUCUACCUGCAUUUAUUGCUGCUACAGAUACUAUCUCAAAGUUGGAAAAUACAAUAGUGGGCACAGUAAUUUAUGAUUGUGAUGCAACUACCGCCGGUGCAACUGAAGGUAUAGCUGGUGCUCUAGGAGAUUUAAACUACAUUAUCCAGUCUGGAAAUGGUGAAGGCAAAUUUGGCAUAAAUGAACAUUCUGGGGAAAUACAAGUAGUUGCUGUAUUGGACAGAGAUACAACUGCAAGUUACACACUUUUAGUUAAAGCCGUUAACCGCAACGAUGUCACAAAAAAAGAUUUCUUGUCACUCUCAGUGAAUGUAGGGGAUAUAAACGAUAUAACGCCUUCUUUUGGUAGUAGUGAAUACACAUUUUCAGUAGAUGAAAAUGCAGCUUUGAAUACUGUAGUUAAUACAAUGAUAGCUUUAGAUGGCGAUGACGGAGCUAAUAGUGCGAUAGUAUAUUCAUUUACAGCUGGUGAAAACAUGAUACAUUUUGAUUUAUCUUCUUCAGGGGUUAUAACCGUCAACUCUGCCCUCGAUGCUGCAACUCAAUCUUUAUAUUAUCUUACUGUAUCGGCUAUAGAUGGAGGAACACCAUCUUUAACCGGAACAUGUAAAAUUAAAAUAAAUAUUAACGAUGUAAAUGAUCAAACACCGUCAUUCUCUGCAGCUAUGUAUAAUUUAAGCUUGUCGGAACUUGUCAAUGUGAAUGACAUUGUUUUUCCGUUCCGAGCCAGUGAUGCAGAUACUGGACCUAACAGCAUUAUAACGUAUAGCAUUGCUUCGGGUAAUGGUGAUUUUAGGUUUAGCAUUGAUCCCCUGACUGGUGAUUUGAAAUUAGCUGGAAUACUGGACCGCGAAACAACAGAUAGUUACGUUCUUGAAGUACAUGCAAGUGAUAGUGGCAUUCCAGUUAACACUGGAACAACAGUUCUGUCUAUUACAGUCACCGAUGCAAACGAUAAUGACCCUGUAUAUACGACUGGUUCUGGAACACCAACUUUAUAUGUGACUACUUCAAGAACUACCGCAGUCGGAACUAGCUUAAUUACCACCACAGCAACUGACGCUGAUAUAAAAAACAACGGACAAGUUGAAUAUUUUAUAAUAAGUGGUGACCAAGAUUCAUUGUUUAAUAUCAAUACCAUAACAGGAGAAAUAACAACAGCAAACAGCAUCGUACCUGCUAGUGAUUUAUAUCAUUUAGUCAUUCAUGCCGUAGACAAAGGUUCAAUAAGACGAACAGCUACAGCCACUGUUCAGGUCACCGUUGAUCCUCCAUUGACUCCAAGCGCUAACGAUUAUACAUUCAAUGUCAAUGAGGAUGCAUCGAUUGGAACAAAUAUAGAUAAUGUGAGCAAUAGAGGAACAAAACCAAAGAAGGAUAAACACAGUAUGAAGGUAUCAAUGAUGAAUUUUGCCUCCACUAGAGAUGAUGUUCCACCUGCUUUAUUUCACGAUGGAAAAUACAUGAAGGAGAACCCCAAUGCAGAUGUUGGACGAGAAGGCACUAUAACACCAAGACAAAUCCUGAUCGAGUCAAAAAGAUCAUUCACAGGAAAUUAUUCUUAUUGA